AGCGAGCUCUCGUGUUAAUUUUACGCUUUUUCCCCUUUACUCAGCUCCCUUGUUGUUUAAAGGCCCUUUUUGCUUAUUUCGGCUCGUUCGUUUCGAUGGCGUUUACUUCGAACCGAACCGGUGGCGAUUCCUUCUACGGUGGUGCGACUCCUUACCGAUCUAGGGAGGGUUUAAGCACGAGACCGGUGGCUAGUUCCGAUGAAAUACAAUUGCGGAUUGAUCCGAUGCAUGGCGAUUUGGACGAUGAGAUCUUCGGUCUCCGUAGCCAAGUUAAACAAUUGAGAAACGUUGCUCAAGAAAUAGGAUCAGAAGCCAAAUUUCAGAAGGACUUUUUAGAUCAGCUGCAAAUGACAAUGAUUAAAGCUCAAGCAGGGGUAAAGAACAACAUUAGGAAACUGAACAAGAGUAUAAUCAAGCACGGCUCUAACCAUAUUGUUCAUGUGGUUCUUUUUGCACUAUUUUGCUUUUUUGUUGUCUAUAUAUGGUCCAAGUUGUCAAGAAGAUGAAGCUUGUGUGACUGUUGAAUGCGUGUCGAAUGACGAUGAGGGAUAGUGCCAAAAUUUCGAUGUUGCUAACGGUUUCUGUAAAGGUCGUUCGUGUAUCACUUUCUCGGUGAUUUCUCAGCUGUAAUUGACAAGAACACCAAUGUUUCUAGGUUUCUUCUGUUAAUCUGUGGUAAGAACAUUAGUUAUAUUUUAAGGCAUGAUUUGUAUGAUCCACGCAGCUAUUUUCAACAACACUCG